AUGAGCACAUUAGGUGCCCCGAUGUGGCUCGAAAACCCAUCGCAUCACAUGAACGGCGACGAUUCGGGCGUCUGCAGCGACAAAAACUCGCCUCAACGCUAUUCGAACAUCUACGAAAUGAAUAUCAGCAAGUUUUUCACUACUUUUAAUCAUUUUUUCUACUUUUUACAGUUUUGUAAACCGUUUACCACGUCAUAAGACGAUUUGCCUCAGGGGAAUUGUAAUUUCUUUUUGGAUUUUUCGAGAUUUCGAGAUUUUUUGGACGUUCGGCCGAAACGGCCGAAAUUUUUUUGCCAAUUUUUGUCGUAAUUUUUAACUCAGAAUUUCGCAUGUCGUAUUUUUACGACUUGUUACGCCAUUCCCAACUUUUUCCGGCCCAUUAAAACCGACUUACGGCAUAAUUAACAUCUCCAAGCUGCCUAGUAUAAUAUAGUUACUUUUGAGGGAAAAAAUCGAAAAUUUGAAAUGAAAAUGUCAAAAAUUGUGUUUACAUACGUCUUUGAACCAUUGACCUUGUUUUUAGACUUCUUGGAUUACUGUAAUUUGAGAAUUUCCAAAAUUGGAAAAAUGGGAUUUUUGGGGGAAAAAUAGCAAAAAUGGGAUGUGUUUUUGAUUUUAGGAGAGUAUAAAACCCUUAUUAGGGAUGUUGGAGCCCUCUGGGUUACUGUAAUUUUUUUUUAUUUUUUUUAAAUUCAAAAAAAAUUGGAAAUUGAAAAAAAAUUUUUUGCAAAGAAGUGUUUAUUAUAGGUGUUUAGACAAUUUUUUUGGGCUGAUAAAAAUUUUUUAGAGACUUUAGGAUACCGUAUUUUUCAAUUUUUUUUUUAUUUUUUUAAAAAAUUUCAAAUUUGGAAAAAGUUGAAAAAUCGAGAUUUUUCGAAUUUUUCGACCAAAAAAUCGGAUUUUUAAUGUGGUAAAAUUUUUUUGAGGGCUUAGUAGUGAUUUUGAGUAAUUUUGGGAUACUGUAUUUUUCAAAUUUUUUUAGUUUUUUCAAAAAAUUUAAAGUUUGGGAAAAGUUGAAAAAUCGAGACUUUUCGAAUUUUUCGACCAAAAAAAUCGGAUUUUUAAUGUAGCAAAACUUUUUUGAGGGCUUACUAGUAAUUUGUGGAAAUUUUAGGAUACUGUAAUUUUUUAUUUUUUAGUUUUUUUUUAAAAAAUUUAAAAUUUGGGAGAAGUUGAAAAAUCGAAAUUUUUCGACCAAAAAAUCGGAUUUUUAAUGUAUUAGGUUGGCAACUUAGUUAUUGAAAUUUUUGACUGCUUUUCUUUUUGCCACAACCUUUAAAGGCUUGGCAGUCAACAACUAUAAUACCCACUAUUAGUAACAACAAUACAAGCCUUAUCAUCUGAAUGUGCAGUGGCGCCACCAAGACAGAAACCAGGGAACUUACAAUUAGAAGAUUUCAUGAAGCCGGUUUCUAGAUGUUCUGUUAUACUGAAGUUUUUAUACCUUAGAUCGUACGCAGCCAAAUGGGUGUGAUAUCCGACACAGAGAGUAACAUAAGUACUUCACAACACUCAAGAAAGGAAAGUCUAUUCGGACUGUUUGAUAAUUUUCUACGAUCAUUAUUUCUAUCGGGCCAAACAGGCAUCCCGACGUAAGUGGAUAUUCUAGAUUUCGUUUUGCUCGCAGCCCGAAUCUUUUCUAUCUCCCAUGUAAACAUAUUCGGAGGAGUGAUACUCUGUGCUGGUAAUUUUCCCGAGAGCAUAGCGCUUAAAAAAUUUCCUAAAAUCUUUAAAAAUGCUUUCAUCGGGUAUAAAGGGUCUCUUCGGCCUUAACUUCAGAAUACCGCGCCUAAGCUCGCUGGCUCCUGUACGGGUUUUUAACAAAGAGAAUAGACAUCCCUUUUCAGGGUCCUAGAUUUAUCAGCGGCACAAAGGUCUUGGAAAAAAAUAGCAACUACUCGGUUAACUUUUUGGGAGCCACUAGGCAGGUCAUGAAGAUAAAUUCGGUCGCGACUUUAUGUCAUGCUCCAAGAAGGAAGACGGUUUAUGCUACUAUUUGGUUCGUAGUGAAUAGCUCUGUCACUACCCGAAGAGUUAACCGCGCUGCCUUCUUUAGCGUCUCGUGCAACACCUUGAAAGACAGCCUACCGCCUAAUUUUAAGCGAAGUCGUAAUAAUUUCCAUUGAUCCUUUUGGGACAAAAUGUUAUCACAAGACUGUUGAAGGUGUCCUGACGUUGUAAACGUUGUACAUUAGCAUUAUGUCAUUUGAGUUCUAAAGGCAUUGCAUGGCACUGCAAAAUGACCACUCAAAAUUGCUCUUAUUCAAAUUCAUGGUACUGCACCAACACGCGAGCUGCGAGUUCGAUGCCUCUGGGUUUGAUAGUACUCUAACCCUACUACAGGUGGGAUAGUGUGAUACUAGCCAUACUGACUUAAGAAGGUCUGUGGAAUAAUGCAAAAAAAAUUUCAAUAACUUAGUUGCCAACCUAAUAGCAAAACUUUUUUUGAGGGCUUACUAGCAAUUUUCAGUAAUGUUGGGAUACUGUAUUUUUUAAAUUUUUCGAAAAAUCCCGAUUUUUUUUUUAUUUUUUUAAUUUUUUUUUUUACAAUUAUAUAAUAAUAUAAACUCAAAUUUGGAGUCUAAAAUGCUUGAUUAUCCUACAAUCAUCAUCUCUGUUAUCACUAGCUCAGCUCAAGGUUCGCUGAGGGCUGGGCUAUCCCCUGCGGGCAGAGGUGCGUUCCCCCGAAAACUGGAAGCUGCAAAAUGCGGAAAACUGGGGACAAGUCGCCGCAAAAAUUGCUUAUCACAUUCCACGCCUCAGGCAAUAUGACGCAAAUAAAAAAAAAAGAAAUUUUUAUUGAAAAAACUCGCCAAAAAUAAAAAUUUCUUAUCGCCCCGAUAACGCGGGUCCUGGAAUUCGCGGGCCUUAUCGACGGCCCCGCUCUCCCGAUCUGACCAUUUGCCUCCCCCACCGCCUCAGGGCAACCCUUUGGAGGGAGGGGAUUUAAAAAAAAUUUUUUAUGUUUGGAAAAAUUUUUCAAAUUUUUUCGAUCAAAAAACAUUUUUUCGCAGGUCAUCAAAGUGUGGAAGAGUUAAACAGCCCUUGAUAAGGCCGGGAAGAGGACAAUUCUUUAUUUUUUCUCCGACUUUUUUGGGAAAAUCUGCAAAAAGUGGAGGUUUCAAAGGGAAAUAAGGGAAAUUCGUGGAUUUCCCCAAUUUUAUAUAAUAUUUCCUAAAAUCUGAUGAUCUAAAAAUACUGUAAAUUAUAUCUUAAUCCUAUGGCAUAUAAUUUUUCUCAAAUUUGAGCCCGUAUUUUAGCAAAAAAAUGGAUUUUUUGGCCAAAAAUUGAUGAUUUUUCAAAAUUUUUUAGAUUUCUUCGAAAUUUUUUAAAAUCCAGCUUGGAAAUAGUAAUUAAAAGUUAUAUAGGCCUAUUUCAGACUAUUUCUGAGAUUUUUGCUGAUUUUUUCGCGAAUUUUUGGAAAAAAUUUAUUUUGAAAUUUUAAAAUUUUUUGGAAAAUCAUUAAAAAAAUUGUUGUAACUACUAAAUUAAGAUCCUUAAACAUCAUACUUGAGUGUUUUUCCACGAUUUUUAUCGUAUUUUAGGUGAAAAUUCAAUUUAAAAUUUUUUGAAAAAAUCCAAAUUUUUUAAAUUUUUAUGCAAAUUUUGUAACAUAUUAUAGUAAUUUAUGAGCAUUUACAACUCCUUGAGGCAAUACCUACAUUUUUUUCUAAUUUUUUUCGUAUUUUAGAGCAAAAAAUCAUUUAAAAAUUUUUCGAAAAAAUUUAAAUUUCUCUUUUUUUAUUCAAAUUUCCAAAAAUUUUUUCGCCCUCAAAUCUCCAUCCAGCCCCCUCCCUCGGCACCAGUAAUAUUUUUGAUUAAUCAGAUUUUUGCCGGCCCCGUAUUCCCCCAUAUUAUAUUACCCUUUAUAUUCCGUGUUUUUUCAGAGUCCGAACCGCCGAUGGCAGCGGUCUGUGCGUUCUGCAAUAAGAGUAAGUAGACUGCACUCUUGCGAAAUUUCUGUUUGUUCUCCGAUAAUUUUGGGGGCCUCGAUCGGCGCCCGCUCAAGCGCAAUAUCAGUUUGACGCAAACGGCGGGCUAGCCCAGUUGAAUUGCAGGCUGGCGGCUACCGAAAUUGUCAUCAAAAAUUAUUUUUAGACAUUUCGGAGGCUAAAAUUAUAUUUUUUUGGAAAAAUUUGAAUAUUCAAAAAAUUUUUUUUAAUUUGAAUAUUUUAAUUUUUGGGCCAAAUUUGAAUGCAAAAUAAAAAAUUAUCCCUCAAAAACUGAUUUUGAGCCUUUUUCACAAUUUUUUGGAUAUUUGAAAAUCCUAAAAUACGAUUUUUUUUUAAAAUUUAAAUAUUCAAAUUUUAAUUUUUUGGUCCAAAUUUGAAUGCCAAAUGGAAAAUUAUCCCUCAAAAACUGAUUUUGAGCCCUUUUCACAACUUUUUCGAUGUCUAAAAAUCCUAAAAUACGAUUUUUUUAAAAAAAUUUUAAUAUUCAAAUUUUAAUUUUUUGGGCCAAAUUUGAAUGCCAAAUGGAAAAUUAUCCCUCAAAAACUGGUUUUGAGCCCUUUUCACAACUUUUUUGAUAUCUAAAAAUCCUAAAAUACGAAUUUUUCCAAAAAAUUUAAAUAUGCAAAUUUUAAUUUUUCGCCUAAUUUGGCCCAAUUUCGAAUGCCAAAUUCAAAAAUAGCCAUUAAAAACUGGUUUCUCACCAUUUUCACAACUUUUUCGUUAUUCAAAAAUCCUAAAAUACGAAUUUUCCCAAAAAAAUUUUAUAUGCAAAUUUUCAAAAUUUUUUGAUUUCAGUGAUAUCCGACCGAUAUAUCCUUCGAAUAGAGCCUAAUUUCGAAUUCCACAUCAAUUGCCUGAAGGUAAGUCCGUAUUUUUGUAAAUAAAAAAAAAAUUUUUUAUUUUUCGCCCGAUUUUUGUCGAUUUUCCCAAAUUUUCAAUUUCUUCCGGUUGUUUUUCACCCUGCGGGCCCUCAAAACAACAAAUAAAAACAACAAUAAUCGGGGCGAGCGGUCAUCCGGAAGUCCCGUAGCCAAAUCAAUCGUGAAGGUCGGGGCCCGCUCGUUUCUCGCGCCGCUCUCCCCGUUCCAUACGCUCUUUUCGCGCCGGGAACGGUCUUAUCCCAACGUUCGUUUCAGUGUGUGGACUGCCAACGACCGCUGGACGAGAGUUGCAGCGUCUUCGUGCGAAAUGGAAGGACUUAUUGCCGCGACGACUACUUGAGGUGAGUCUUCAUGAAUAAUUUCGGGUUUUGACUUGAUUUUUAGGCGUAUUUUAGGAGGUAAAAGAUUGAUUUAGUUAGCCUAAGGGUCUGGGCGUCUUUUCGAGACAUCGAGCUCUAAAUUUGACCCAGAAGUUUGCCAAAAAAACCUUAUUUUAGACAUCAGAUGGGUCCUCAUGGAUAAUAUCGACUUUUUGACCUGAUUUUUAGCCGUAUUUUAGGAGGUAAAAAAUGGUUUUAACUAGAUUAAGAAGCAACUAAUCUUAUGGCUGUUUAAAAUGCAAUAAUUUUUAUAUAAGACUUCUGUUCUGGCCCGAUUUUUGAUUUUAGGUACCUAUUUGAAAAGAUUUCUCGAUUUUGGAUUUUUUGCUUGGCCAAUCCAAAAACGCUCUUGCGGUAUUAUUUACAAUGCUAUUUGAAUUGUACACUAUAAGUUUCAAGCGCUUCGAAAAACUUUCCGAUCAGUUCUCGACCUUUUUCGGUCAUCAAUCCCAGUAUAAUAUAAUGUGGUCCCGAAAACUUGUCCCGGUUCUCGGGUUUCGGAGGCGGAUGCCGUCCGUAGCGUGGGGAUUACACUAGGAUUACAUUGGGGGAAACCUGAAACAGUAGACUUCCCACGACUCUCGUUUUGGCCGGUCCAGUCCAAACAAACACACCGAAUUCCGGUGCGGAUUUCCGGCCGAACCUGCUCGCCGCUCUCGGCGCUCUCCUCCCACUCCCUUGUCCUUCGUCUGCGCUCUCGGCGCUCUCCGCGAACCGCGCGCUCUUUCGCCUGUUUUCGCGCAAAACGCGCCGAAAUCCGAGAGGUCGCGGGCAGGCUGGGCUGAAGGCUUUUAGGGAAAAUUAAACCCGAAAACCUUCUCAGGACGCACAAAUCGGCUAAACCAAAGCGGAUCAUUUUUCAGGAUGUCCUAAUCUCUUAAUAUCGAGCUGUUGCUCCGGCCAUGUAUAAUAUCGCCCCGUAAUUACGGAAAUGCAAAAAAGUUAUGUAUUGCGCAAUUUUUGGAGAGUAUUAAGCAAAGAUCGGUCAGAUUUCGACAAAAAAUCGAGGGAUUUGCAAAGGAAACGGCAAAAAUUAUAUUAUCCAUGACAUGGAUAAUAUAAAAAAUUUGAAAUUCUUUUGAGUUAAAUACGUUUAUGAUGCAAGGUAUGAGCCUUUACUUUUAAUUUUUUGAAAAAAUAUCCAUUUUCGACAUAGUGCCACCUUAAUUUUUGCAUUUCAUUAGCCGCACCGUGCAGAACUCUGAUUCAUAAGCCUCAUCAGCUUGUGUGGCUGAGUGAAUUUUGAGUGAAAGUAAUGAAUUAGAAAUAAGUCCAAAUGUGUUUUUGCACUUUGGCUUAUUGUAUUCUUCAGUAGAAAUGAUGAAUUUUGAAUUUCUGAUGAUUAGUAAGGAGAAGAAAAAAGUUACAUUUAAGCAGGGAUAAAUGUAAAAAUUAUGAAAACUAUUGUUGCUAUGUGAUUUUAAGCCCCUGACAGCCUAAAUUAGAAGAAAAGUAUGUGAGAUUGUCGAUGGAUUCGUUGAGAAACAAGCGAUUUUGUUUUGUCAUGGUUAAUAUCAAGUGAUGUUUAAAAAUAAGUUCAAAAAUGGUCUGGAAUCAUAACUAGCUGUCUGGAAAUGGCCUCAAAAUAGGACAUAACAUGUUGAGAGGAUACUGUAAUUUUUAAAUUCGAAGAUUCUUCAGGGCUUUCGAGAAUUCGAGAUUUUUUGAUGUGUCAUGGUCAAUAUCGAGUGUUGAUGAAAAAUUGAUCAUAACUUUUUCCCAAAGCUAGCUAGUGGAGUCCUUAUGGGCUUAAAAUGGGACGUAACAUGUUGAGAGGAUACUGUAAUUUUGAAAUUUUAUGAUCCUUCGGAAUCUUCGAGAAUUCGAGAUUUUUUGAUUUGUCAUGGUUAAUAUUGGGUGUUGAUGAAAAAUUGAUCAUAACUUUUUCCCAAAGCUAGCUAGUGGAGCCCUUAUGGGCCUAAAAUUUAGCCGAAUGCUUCUAGAAGCUACUGUAAUUUUCUCGCUUUGAGAGAGCACCGAAAACCGAGAGAAUUUCGAGACUUUCCACCAGGCCCCCUGUCUUUUUCCGCUGGACUUGUUGACCGGAAAGGUUACCCGCAAAAAGAGACACAGGUCUUAUUGUUCGCGUGUGAGUGUGUUUCGGGUCCAGUUGACAGAGAGUUUAUUCAAGGGCGUCGGAUUUCAGAUCACAGGGGACACACACACGCGAGGUCGAUUUCACGCUCAGAGAAGUCGCACUCCUUUGCGGCGCACCAAAAUUAGAGGUCCCCGGGAAAAGGUUGAGCCGAAAACAGGCUACAAUACAGUGUCUGCGGGCUCGAAAACUCCAACUCAAACUAUAAAAAUUUUUUUAAUUGAUAAGAAAAAAAACUGUUUUUUAUGACGAUUGCUGAUGAAGAUGUUGAAAAAUAGCGCGACAAAAUACAAAAUGCAAAAUAAAAAUUGAUCCAAAUGUCCCAGAAGACCAUUUCCGCCAAUUCCAGAGUGUUUUUGACCCCAUUUUCGACCUUCAAAAGUUUUCGUGGCGGUACCAAAACUUUUUUUUAAAAGCUGGAAAUCGCAUUUGGAAAUAAAGUUUAUGGGUAAAAUACGAACUCGAUAUACUAUUGUCGAUUUUUUACACUAACUUAUUUUAUUUUCAACCACAAAAAACGCGUUAUUUCCCACGAAAAUCGCUUUUUUACCGUAUCCCAAAAAGUCAUGUCAAAGGUCGGGAGUGCAAGAGUCUGGUGUCAUAGCCACACGCAACCAUCCCUCUCCUUCCUGCAUGCCGCUUUUUGCCAUUUCCGUCGGUGUUUUCGGCAUACGGUAAAAAAGGAAAAAAGGGUUGCGCAACGAAAAAGUUGACCGAAAAACAACCGGAACCGCAAAAAAGUUGAGCGGCAUUUGAUGUAAGAGGAAGUAAAUUUGGCAACAAGUAUGGAUGAGGGCCUAAAAUACGGUAAUAAACUUGGGAAUCGUCGAAAAUCUGGGUUUUGGUCGAAAAAUUCAGUUUAAGGGCUAAAAUAAGGUGAAAAAAAGGUGAAAUGAAGGUCUAAGGGGGCUUGAAAUGAUGUAAAAAUAAAUGUGGAGUAGUUUGAGGUUCUUAAAAUACGUUUUGCGUUUUUAAUUUUUGCAAAAUUCUAAAGAAUUCCCCGAAAAUUUGGAUUUUUAGUCGAAAAAUUUAGAUUAAGGGCUAAAAUAAGGUGAAAUAAAGAUCUAAAAGGGUUUCUAAUUAUGUAAAAAUAGAUGUAGAGUAGUUUGAGGUUCUUAAAAUACGCUUUGCUUUCUUAAUUUUUGCAAAAUUCUAAAGAAUUCCCCGAAAAUUUAGAUUUUUGGGCGGAAAAUUGAUUUUAAGGGCUAAAAUAAGGUCAAAAAGAUGAAAUAAAGGUCUAAGAGGGUUUGAAAUGAUGUAAAAAUAAAUGUAGAAUAGUUUGAGUGUCCUAAAGUACGCUUUGCUUCUUUAAUUUUUGCAAAAUUCCAAUGAAUUCCCCGAAAAUUUGGAUUUUUAGUCGAAAAAUUGAGUUUAAGGGCUAAAAUAAGGCGAAAUAAAGAUCUAAAAGGGUUUCUAAUUAUGUAAAAAUAAAUUUAGAGCACUUUGAAUUUCCUAGAAUACGCUGUGCUUUCUUAAUUUUUGCAAAAUUCUAAAGAAUUCCCCGAAAACUCGUAAAAACCCCGCAUUUCAGGUCAUUUUCGCGAAAAUGCCAACGCUGCGAAGGUCCCCUCGGGCCGACGGACAUGGUGAUGCGCGUGCGCGACAGCCUCUACCACCAGCACUGUUUUUCGUGCUUCCAUUGCGGCCAACAACUCCUUCCCGGCACGCAAUUCGUCGCCAAGGGCGCGGGCCAAAUUUACUGCCCCAACGACUGUUUUCGGGUAAGUUUGAUUUGGGAUUUCGCUUUUAUGGGAUGCAUAAAAGAGUAGAGAGUAAUUUGGAAAAGAAAAUUUUUUGAUUUGAUGAUUUUUUUUGGAAAUUUUUCAAAUUAAAAAUUUUGGAAAAAAUUUUAAAAAAUUGUAAUUUUUACGGGGAAAAAUGUUACAGUAACCCGGAAAAAGUAUUUAAAUAGUCUGGAAAUAGUAUCUAUCUGAAAUUUAUUAGAUUUACCAGUCGUUUUUAACUCGAAGUUUGAGAUUUUUUGCAAUUUUUUGGCGAAAAAACCAAAAUUUUUGGUGAUUUUUGAAUUUUGCGGGAAAUUACAGUAACCCAAAGGUGCAAAACCUUUGAUGAUUGAAUUUUUACACCCUUUACAGCGUGAUUGAAGCAUUUUCAUUUUAAUUUUUGCCUAUUUUAGGCCAGCUGUAGCGAAUCGGACGAUUUUUUUGUGGACUCAAAAAGCUGCAAAACCGACAUCCAGGACGACCUGAGGCCCCCCUCCUUCCCAUCGAUAAAUCAACACACCGAUUCGUUGUCAUCCACCUCCUCGACCAGCUCGGUGAACGGAUCGGCGCGCAAAACGACGACGAAUUCGAGGAAAUCCCGAAAAGACAAGCCGGUAAGCCGCGAUUUCAAUUCGAAAAACCUUGCAGAUUCAGCGAGUCCGCACCGUCCUCAGCGAGAAACAGCUGCAGAUCCUGAAACACAUGUACCAACUGAACCAACGGCCCGACACCUCGACCAAGGAGAAAUUGGUCGCGGAAACCGGCCUUUCCCAGCGAGUCAUAAGAGUAUGGUUCCAGAACAAGCGCUGCAAAGACAAGAAGAAACAGAACGCCAUAAGAGAACAACAACAGCAUCAAGAAAAAGUGGGUUUUGCCGACAAGUUUGGGAUUUUUGGGAAAUUGCACUGUGAAGAAGGAAAAAAUGGUUAUUGCACUGUGCGGAAUGGUGAUUUUAAAAUAAAAUUUUUGUAAUUAGAGUAAAACUAGCGUGUUUAUAAGGCUUUUCGAAAAAAAGUUCUUUUUCUCCCAUUGCACGGUGCGAAAAUCAAGUUUUUGUUGAUUGCACUGUGCAAAAGGAAAAAAUGGUUAUUGCACAGUGCGGAAUGGUGAUUUUUAGAAAUAAAUUUUGUAGUUAGAGUUAGACUAGUUGUGUUUUUACGAGUAUCCAAAAAAAAUUUCAGUUUCCCAUUGCACGGUGCGAAAAUCAAGUUUUUGUUGACUGCACCGUGCAAAAGAAAAAAGUGGUUAUUGCACGGUGCGGAAUGGUGAUUUGUAAAAGUAAAUUUUGUAGUUAGAGUAAGGAUAGUAUGUUUCUAUGAUUGUGCAAAAAAAAAUUUCUUUUUUGCCCAUUGCACGGUGCGAAAAUCGAGUUUUUGUCGACUGCACUGUGCAAAAGGAAAAAGUGGUUAUUGCACUGUGCGGAAUGGUGAUUUUUGAAAAUAAAUUUUGCAGUUAGAGUAAGGAUAGUCUGUUUCUACGAUUUUCCAAAAAAAUUUUGUUUUUCACCCAUUGCACGGUGCGAAAAUCAAUUUUUUUCGACUGCACUGUGCAAAAGAAAAAAGUGGUUAUUGCACGGUGCGGAAUGGUGAUUUUGAAAAGUAAAUUUUUGUAGUUAGAGAAGACUUGAGUGUUUGUACGAUUUUCGAAAAAAUUUUCUUUUUUGCCCACUGCAGUGUGCGAAAAUCAAAUUUUUAUUGGCUGCACUGUGCAGCCGAAAAAAGUGGUUAUUGCACGGUGCAGAAUUGCAGUAUUAAAGAAAGCAAUGCGUAGUAGGAUAGGAAAUGAGAUUUUUCCUGAGCGCUGCAAAAAAAAUUGUAAUUUUGUCGUUUGCACUGUGCAAAAUUGACAUUUUUGUCCAUUGCACUGUGCAGACAAAAAAUGACAAAUUUAUCGCACUGUGCAGCGAAUAGAAGCAAUAUUUUUGAUUGCACAGUGCUUUUUUUGACUUGUUGUUUUUCGCACAGUGCAAAAUUUUGCCGAUUAUUACCGCACAGUGCGGUUUUUUCAUGAUAAUUUUACUGCACUGUGCAAAAUUUUAAAAAGAUUUCACUGCACGGUGCGAUAAAUUUUUGUCAGUUUUUUGAGGUUUUUCGACUCUAAACCCCCGUCAAAUUUGGUCAAACCCCCCGCGGAGCCAUACGGUAUGCCUCGUUCGCCCGUGGCGGUUCCCUUUCCCCUGAGGCAAUAUCCCAUUUUUUACAUGAUUAUACACUCGAACCAGUCUCUCUCCCUCUCUCCCCAAAUGAGCCGAGAGUGCGGCGCAACCAAAUUAGAUUAAUGCGAAGCCAUUCCUCUUUUCCUUCGCCUUCGAAUGUACACCCGGGGUUACGGUAACAUAAAAAAAUAAAAGGGAUUGGAACGAAAAUGCGGGAAACCCGAACCAAAAUGGCUGGAGAGGAAUGAAAAAUUAGCAAAAAAUUUUUUGAGCCAAUAGUUUGUUAUAUAGAGGCUUUGUUUUACAGAGUUUUGGGGGGAAACCCUCAAAAAUCGCACUCUCUUUAACGCACGCUAAAGUGCCCUUUGACCCCGCGGAAUAAUGGGUAGUCUCGGCUAAUGCAUAAAUAAUAUUGAGGUCAUCUCGAGAGUUCUCAAGCCCCAAUCGUCGAAUAAAAACAUGGCAAUUACCGAAAAUGAGCGAAUAAGUGACCAAAAACUUGAAAAAUCGUAUUUUAAAGGGCAAUUGCGCAAGUUAUAGAAAAACUUACGGUUACUAGAAUGUCUAAUGGGAAGCUAGGAAGAUUUUGUAAACAAUUUCGACUAAAGGUUACUGUAAUUUUACCGAAAUUUGGGCAAUUUUAUUUUUUGCACAGUGCAGAGAAAAGACAGUUAAAUUGCACGGUGCAAGAAUAUGCUUUAAAUAAAUUUCGCGGUCUAGGAUGAUGAAUGGUCUUUAAUUUUGUCGCUAUUAUGUUUUUCAUCCCCUUAGGGCACUUGCACCGUGCAAAAAAUACGAACCUAAUUCGUGCACUGUGCGAAAACAAAACGUAUUCGUUCUCCGCACUGUGCGAUAAAAAUUGACUUUUGUUUUAUCGCACAGUGCUUAUCGCAGGUUUUGUUUUACGAUGCACAGUGAAAAUCGCGGAGUUUUGGGCUUUGCACGGUGCAAAAUUGCAUUUUUUCGACUGCACUGUGCGAAAACAAAAAGUUUUGGGUUUCCGCACUGUGCGAUAAAAAUUGAAUUUUGGUAUAUUGCACAGUGCUUGUCGCAGAUUUUAUUUUGCUUUUUACAGUGAAAAUCGCAGAAUUUUGCCCUUUGCACGGUGCAAAAUUGAAUUUUUUUCGACUGCACUGUGCGAAAACUUGAUUUUGAUUUCAACGCUUUGAAAUGGAAAUUUUUGAGUUAUUUGAGUUUAUCAGAUGAUUUUACCAUCAACAACAAUUACAGUAGCCUAUUUUCGACUUUAUUUACAGUUUGGGAACAUCAAAUUUUCCGCCAAUUUUGGUGAAUUUUUUCUUCAAACCCGCUGAACCGUAAAAUUGAGGGAAUCAAAAAGUCUAAUUCUUGAAUGCGGAGUGCAAUUAAAGUCGAAGGGAGAGGAGCAGGCAUCACCUGGCCUCGCAACAGGCUGCGCCCGACUUUCGCGCAAUCUUUUUUUUUUUAUUUGUCCGCGGCAGAUGGCAUGCCGAACAUGAGAGGCCCACGAUGGCCGUCUUAUAAAGUCAAGAGAGAGCACACGAUACGCAUAUCGUUUACUGAGUGUCCGAGAGUAUUUGGAUAUCCAUGACAUGCGGCUUCAGAUGGUUUAGACAUCAGAAAUCGGAGUUGAAAAAAUUGCGAAAAAUUUUGCCGAAAAUUUUUGAAAAUCAAAAAAAAUGUUGGAAAACGCAGGGAAAGCCUCUAAAAUACAGUGAUUCUGAUCCAGUGACAAAAAACGUACCAUUUUGCAUCCAGGAAGUAUGAAAAAAUGUGGCAAAAUGCCUCCUUCUCCAAGUGAAAAAACUCCGUUUUGAAGGGCGCUUUUUGAAGCCGGAGUUUUUUCACUUGGAGAAGGAGAGAUUUUGCCACAUUUUUUGAUACUUCCCGGACUCAAAAUGGCACCUUUUUUGCCCCUGGAUCAGGUCUGUCACUGUAUUUUCGAGGCUUUCCCUGCCUUUCCCAACAAUUUUUUUUAAUUUCAUAAAUUUUCGGCAAAGUUUUUCCCAAUUUUUUCAACUCCGAUUUCUGAUGUCUAAGCCAUCUGAAGCCGCAUGUCAUGGAUAUCCAAAUACCCUCGGACACUCAGUAAACGAUAUGACAAGUCGGUCACUGAACGUUGCAAAAUGAGUGUAAGCCUUGUUUUGCAGGAACAAGCCCUUCAUGGCGUCCGGAUAAGCGGCGUGGGGCCGAUCAUGGCCACCUCGCCCACCACCAUGCUCGACAACAACAUGAUGCACCCCAUCGAGAUCCAACAAUACCAACAGUCGACGAAUCUAUGGGGCAAUGGAACACCCACCCCGCCUCAGGACAUGAGUUACCAUCAGAAUUCGGUUAUGGUAAGGGAGAAACGGAAAAUUUGAAAAAAACGAGGGAAAAAUUGGGAAAUUUCGGGAAAAAGCGAGAUUUUGAUGGUUUUAAAGCCAAGAACAGUCUGUAAAUUGUAGACAAAGAAGCAAGAAUGUUAUGAAGGCAUAUUUUAUCAAAAAAUUUGAGCUAUGGCAAGGGUGGACCAAAAUUUUAAAAAUUGAAAAAUUUGAAAAAAAUCGAAAAUUUUGCGAUCGCAGACUAUUGAAACAGAGAGUAGAGUACAGUAUACGCCACAAAAAGUCAAAUAGCAUGGAAAUCAAGCGCGCUGCCAGCAGCUGUGUCAACAUUUUCGAACUUGUUCGCACUCUUCCUUAAUCCCUCGGCUCCUUUUGCCUGCCCACCUGGAUGCCCUUGACGCAUUGUAUAAACAAUGAUCUAAUAGGCAUAAUAGUGACUUUAAUUUUUCGCGAAAGAGGGGUUUUAAUUUGGAAAUUGAGAAAAGAAAUCGAAUUUUGGUGAUUUUUGGGAAAAUUAGGUCCUACAGCGAAAAAUUGAGGGAAUUUUUGGGGGUUAACGAGAUUGUAGGGAAGUUUAGAGGGUGUGAAAGUAGUAGUGAUUAAUUGAAAUUAGAAAUUUUGCGAUUUUUUAUAGAAUUUUGAAUUUUUCGGCAAUUUCGACCACUUUUGAAAAAAUGGUCUCGCAGCGAAAACAUGCGGAUUUUUUUGGAAAAUUGUAAUUGGUAAAUAAAAUACAUUCUAUGGACAAUAUAUAUUUCAAAUUUCAAGAUUCUACCUCAUCCUCUUCAUAUCUAAAAUACGAAUUCUUUCAGGUGAACCCCGAUUUUUUAGGAGAAUUUUGCUUUUUUAAAAAAAUGGUCUCGCAACGAAAACUUGGGAAUAUUUUUGGAAAAUUGUAACUGAUAAAUAAAAUACAUUCUAUGGACAAUGUAUAUUUCAAAUUUCAAGGUUAUAUCUCAUCUCCUUCAUAUCUAAAAUACGCCUUUUUUCAGGUGAACCCCCCAGCCUACGGCGACUUGCCGGCCCUGGACGUGCCCUCAGGCGACUACGGCCAUCCCUUCGGCCAAGAGCCCUUCAACGGCCAGUUCUUGCCCAGCUCCUCACUCUCCUCAUCGCCCGCCUGCAGCGAUUAG